AUGCCUAGACAAAGACUGAUUCGAGACUCGAAUCGAAUCUUCGUCAGUGUUAAAGAUGAACCAACCCCCUUUGGGAUGAAGAAGCUAAGCGUUAGUAACAACACAGAUAGUGACAGAGUGUCAAUCACUCUAACACGAAAACUUUACUGUAGAAGAGAACCAAGUAGGGUCUCUGAUGAACAAAACACAACCCUGAAUUACCGUGCGAAAUGCAAUAUUGAUAGGCACACAAAAAAGUGCGAGUGGAAUUCUCACCCAGUCGAGGGGAGACGCUUCGCACGGUUGCAGAUCAUGUUGGGCCAAGAAGAAGGGGAAGUGCAAGAGCCUGCAGAGCAUGGAGAACGAAAUUCAGCUCUUCCACACCAAGCCCCGAUGGUGGAAAUAGGAAGAACCCGAAGCUAUCAAGAAAAACUUGGACGAAAUAAGAAAAUGAUACACAAGUAUGACGAGCCAGUUACAUCAAAGUACUCGACCGAAAAUAAAGAGAAGGAUGAGAAAAAGGAACAUGGUCAAACUCCGAACAGGAUGACCAUACUCCAAGUGCCAAAGUGA